AUGGCAGCGACCUCCUUCCCCAGCGUCGUGCUCGGCUACCCCGAGAUCGCGUCGAUGGUGUUUGAGUUUCAGUUUGGCGUCUACGAAGACGUGCGCCCGGCCUUCCGCGCCUGCAACGAGCUCGUCGAGUUUGAUGCCAGAAAAUGUGCUUACGCGUGCGAUCCUUCCUUUCGCCAAGCGUUCGCGCCCAACGCCGUGUGGUCGGACGACCUCCAGUCCAUCUCCCCACAUGAGUACGCUCUACGUCGCGAUCACGACGACCCGCGCCUGCCGCUGCACUUGGCCGUUGCCCAAGGGUUCGUGCAGCUGACGAAGCGCAUUCUUGGCUGUCGACCCGACCUCGCUUCGGACGACGCAAUCAUCUUGGGGUUUCAGAAGAACCAGCUUGAGAUCGUCGAGCUGCUGCUGGACCAGAGUGAGAGCGCACGUGAUCAAAGUGGCAUCGUCCGCGCAAAAACCCCAGCGCAGCUUGGCACGUGCAUGGACUACUGGGGCAACAUGCUGGCUCGAGAGGACUCGAAGGGGAUUCUUUUGCUCCAGCGCUUUGGCCUAUACCCCAACGACGUGAAAGAACCGCGUCGCCGCGGCGAUUUGGAGGACGUUUGCUUUCUGCAUGAGCAUCGAAAGGAGGGAUGUACCGUCAAGGCCAUGGACGACGCCGCUGCCAACGGUCAUUUGGAGGUCGUCCAGUUUCUCCAUUUCAACCGAACCGAGGGCUGCACGAUCAAGGCGCUUGAUGGGGCGUCGCCAAACGUUCUUGACAAAGCUGCUGCCAACGGCCGCCUUGAGAUCGCCCAGUACCUCCAUUCUCUUGGCACGUUUGAUUGUACCGUCGGCGCUGUCGACAAAGCUGCUGCCAAUGGCCAUUUGGAGAUCGUCGAAUUUCUCUUGACCAACCGAAGCGAGGGUUGCACUCACGACAAGAUCGUUGAAUACGCUCUCGGGCGUUGUCAGCUGCGCACGGCCGAGUACCUCCUCUCGCGUGGCCCCGCGACACUUGAUCUUUUCGAGCUCUUGGUUGCUCGCGGCCAACCCAUUGAAAAAGAGUGGCUCCUCAAUGCCUGCUUUGCUGGCAACUUGCCGCUCUUCCGCUUUCUGCACGCGCACGCAAACCCGGCCUGGCGUGGCGACGCGCUCGAUAAAGGUGCCUGGAUCAACUUGUGGGACACUGAGAGCUUUCCUUUAACCAACGACGACGCGAUGGACGUGUCGAUCGCAGCCCAAAUUCUGCAGCGUCAACCAGAGCUCCGACACGAGAAGCUACUCGAGGGCGCUACAGCCUACGGCUUCACGAAGGCAAUUCGAUUUCUCCUCGAUGCCGGCAUUGGCAACCCGCGCGAGUGCCUCGUCGAGAUUGUGGGUCGUCCCAUGCACGUGACUGCGAGCAAGCUUUUGCUGCCGCAUUGCAUGGACGCGACCAAGUAUCUCGACAAUAUCCUCUAUCUUCUCGACCUGCUCGCGCUGCCCAGCCGCCGCCGCAAGACGACGCUCCGAUUGAUCACAUGCCAUCUUCUGGACCAAGGACGCAAGGCCAGCCAGACCAUCCAGCUUGCACCGAGCGUGGCGGCGCGAGCAUCAACGCUGUUGGAGGCUGGCGAGGUCGUCGACUGGGCGUUGGCCCUCGUCAUUGGUCAUCGCCAUGCGACCGACUCUGCGGCGACCAUCGAGCAACUCGAGAAGUAG